UUCAACGGAGGGAGAGUCGAGAAGAAAAAUGGCGUCUGCAGGCGACUCGGAGCGGGACACCGGCCAUUCAGUUUGAGCUGCCCACCUUUGAACUGAGACCGGGGCUCUGUGGGGACCAAUUAGGGACAGUCGCUUGACACUAUAUUUAGUUUUCCCCCAUUUUUCUCCCGUGUGCGCGGCUUCUUCGAGCACCGAAAUUGAAGCGGAACAUAGGAGCCUCUCUCCUACAAUGAGGGGGAGAAGAGGAAGGCCGCCCAAACAGGCAGCCGCGAUGCGGGAAAGCUCACCCGGGCCAGUCCGGGGCUCCCGGGGCGGCAGGAGCAGAGGGAUGCGUGGACGGGGGAGAGGCAGAGGACGAGGUCGAGGGAGGGGAGGAAACGGCGCGGUUUGCAGCAUUGGAUCCAUGGAGGUGGAUACAGAUAUAUCCGGCCGAGAUAACUUUCAUUCGUCGCGGGGCCGUAGGAAAGUUGGAGCCUCCGUCGCGGCGGCUUCAGCGGCAUCCCGGGGAAGAGGCAGAGGUAGAGGGUCCAGAGGUGGCCGCGGCAGCAGAGGCGGAGUGAGGCGACCUCAAACUAAGGUGGUCUACGACGACAACAGCGAUGAGGAGGAGGAUAAUAUAAGCUACCGGUCCGACGAAGACGAAUUGAACGACAAUCCGUCGUCGGAUCUAGAAGAUGAAGAGGCCUUGGUAAACGACUCUGACUAUUUGGAGGACCUACCAGAUGAUGAGGAUGCCAGCUACUGUACUGAGAGCAGUUUCAGAAGCCACAGCACGCUCGGUAGCACCCCAGGUCGUAAAAGGACUCGUGCUCUGCGACCACCCUCUCCCCUUCUUGAAGCGAAGGACAUUCCUCCCUUGGAGCUUCCCAAGACCUCUGAGGACCUUCUGGUUCCUACCUCACAGCUUCUCAAUGUGUCUGCUGUCUACGAGGUCCUACGCAACUUUGGCACAGUGUUGCGUCUCUCCCCGUUCCGUUUCGAGGAUUUCUGUGCAGCCCUGGCCAGCCAAGAGCAGUGUACAUUACUGGCAGAGACCCACAUCUCUUUGCUCAAAGCUAUUCUCAGAGAGGAGGACACGUCCAACACCACAUUUGGUCCUGCUGACGUGAAGGACUCUGUUAACUCUACGUUGUAUUUUGUGGAUGGUAUGACCUGGCCAGAGGUGGUGCGGGCUUACUGCGAGAGUGACUCAGAAUACCGCCACAUUCUGCCCUUUCUUGAGAACGAGGAUUAUCCCUAUGAGACUUUGGAAAGCAAAAUCAAAGUUCUCCAGUUUUUGGUGGACCAUUUCCUGGCGACUAACAUCGCCCGUGAGGAGCUCAUGUCGGAAGGGGUGGUUGCCUAUGACGACCACUGCAGGGUGUGCCACCGACUUGGUGAUCUUCUGUGCUGUGAGACAUGCGCGGCUGUUUAUCAUUUGGAGUGCGUGAAACCGCCUUUACAGGAAGUGCCAGAGGAUGAGUGGCAGUGUGAGGUUUGUGUGGCGCACAAGGUGCCUGGCGUGGCAGACUGCGUGCCUGAAUUGCAGAAGACCAAGCCCUUUCUUCGACAGCUUCCAGUUGGCUUUGACCGACACCAUCGUAAAUACUGGUUCCUGAAUCGCCGGAUUGUCGUCGAGGAGGACGGCGAACAUGAAGACAAAGCCAUCUGGUACUACAGCACAAAGGUCCAGCUGGCUGAGGUGAUAGAUCGCUUCGAUAAAGAAUACUGGGAGGCUGAUCUGUAUGCAGCUCUUGAGGAAAUAAGGGAUGAGGUGCAUGCUCAUAUGGAUAUCACCGAAGACCUGACCAACAAGGCCCGUGGCAACAACAAGUGUUUCCUCACUGCUGCAAAUGAUGAGAUCUUAGAGCGACUACGAGCUAAGAAGGAGGAGGAGCUGGAGGAGGUGAAAAGACGAGCUGCUGAGGAAGCACAGAAGGCACGGUUAGAGAAGCAGAAGGAGGAGCAAGCUUUGGAGAAGGGAGAUGAAGAGGUCAAGCUGAAGGAGGAGGUGCAGGAGGAUGUAAAGGCCAAAGAUGGUGAAGAGGAAUCAAAAAAGAAGGAGGAUACACAGGGACAACAUGGUGAUGAAAAGAGCCAAGGACAUGAAGCUCCUGCCUCUCUCCAAGAGGGCAUAGGAGGCGUUAAUGUUGAGGACGUACCAUCAGUCCCGUCAACCUCUACUCCCUCACAAAGCUCCGUUUUGACCACUGGUGUGCCCGCCAUGACUCCAAAGCAGCUGACUUCCACUCUAGAGGUUCGCAUAGAGCGAUGCGUCUAUGAGCAGCCCCGUAAUAAGCCUGAACGAAACCCAGCAUCUGAUUCCACUCCUGUCAGUGGAGAUGGCGUCCCGAGCCUAAGUCAGCCCUCCCAUCCAUGUGAGGAAAACAGUAACAGCAGCGUAGGAACCACUGUCCCCAUCAGGGGUCCUGAACCCCCUGAUCUGGCUGACAGGUCAUCCCAGUCAUCCAUGGCGAGCCUUGACGACGCAGGGGACAGCAAGGACUCGACCAAUGGCGAGACGGCAGGCGGUGCCGUUAAAAGAUCCUCAGCGACACGUAUGGUGACCAGACUGAGGAACCCAGAGAGCAAGCUGAGUCAGCUGAAAAGUCAACAGGUUGCUGCUGCUGUUCAUGAAGCAAACAGGGGCUUUAAGGAGGGAAAGGAGGUACUGGUAGUAAACGCACAAGGUGACAUCACCCGCGUUAGCACACGGAGCAAGGAGGUGGUGAUGAAGGGAACCAUCAGCCAGUUCUUCAAGCUGGGUCAGGAGGGAAAGUACCGUGUCUAUCAUAAUCAAUACAGCUCCAACGCCUUGGCCCUCAACAAACACCAGCACAGAGAGGACCAUGACAAGAGGAGGCAUCUGGCCCAUAAGUUUUGUAUGACACCAGCAGGAGAGUUCAAGUGGAACGGCUCCAUUUUUGGUUCAAAGGUCCUAACUAUCUCCACGUUAAGGCUCACCAUCAUCCAGCUUGAGAACAACGUUCCUUCUCCUUUCAUGCAUCCAAACUGGGCCUCACACAGAUCCAACUGGAUCAAAGCUGUUCAGAUGUGCAGUAAGGCCAGGGAGUUUGCUCUAGCCUUGGCCAUUCUGGAGUGUGCCAUCAAACCUGUGGCAAUGCUGCCUGUCUGGAAAGACUCACUUGGACAUACCAGGUUAAACCGUAUGACGUCAAUGGAGCGCGAGGAGAAAGAGAAGGUGAAGAAGAGGGAAAAGAAGCUGGAAGAUGAGGAGACGAUGCAACAAGCAACCUGGGUCAAGUACACCUUUCCAAUCAAGCACCAGGUGUGGAAGCAGAAGGGAGAGGAGUAUCGUGUUACAGGUUACGGGGGCUGGAGUUUCAUCAGUAAGACCUAUGUGCCUCGCUUUUCCCCAAAACUUCCUGGAAACACCAACGCCAACUACCGCAAAGAACUGGAAGAUGCUAAACUUGGCAAGAGGUGUACCUUGUUGGACUUGAGCCGGCGGCCCAGUAUAGUUGCACCAGAAUCUCAGGAUUGUUCUGUCUCAAGUAUUGAAACGAAGGAUGAGGUCUCCACUGAACUUUCCGGGAAACCUGCUGAGGAUGUGGGAUCUACUGAGGGUGCGGAGAGGAACAAGGAUGAAGAACCAAAUGGAGAAGAACAGAAGCCUGCAGAUCCCCCUGUAAAGAUGGAAGUGGUUCCUACUGACUCACCAAAGGAACAAAAGUCCAGCAUUCAGGAGGAGAAGGCUGCCCCUAAAGAGGAACCUUCAGACCUUUCUCAGCGACCCUUCAACCACGAUGUCGUAGACGUCAGCAAGGGCUUCCUUACGAGAGUCGCUUAUAAGAAGAAGGUGAAGACCUCCAAGCUGGACAGCCUGCUGGAGCGCAGAGUGAAGCAGCACAUUAUUGAAGAGAAGCAGCGACAGCAGGUUUCUGUAUCCAGAUCUCUGACACCGGCACCCGCUUCUUCCUGUGCACCCUCUGUUCCCAGCACUCCGGUCCGCCCCCGGUCGCCGCUUAGGCCACACAAACUCGCACAGAUGCAGCUCACAAGCAAAGAUGCGGUGAAAGUGGAAGAAAGCCUUUCCACAACAGAGACGUCAGGGGCAGCAAAAAAAGAAGAACAAGAAGGAAAAGAGAAUCUGACUGAACUCAUAAACACUUUUCCUUCCUCUGUUUCAGACUGCACACCCAAAAACAGUUGCAAUACAAGUUCAGGUGCAGAUUCACCUCUGAGUAACACUGCCUCUAUGCCCCAGGACUUAAAGGAAAACUCAGAGGAAAGGACUACAGGGCAUAAAGAAAAUAGCAUUGAGGAUUCUGGACAAGAAUCUGUUAAAAUGCCAGAUGAGAAAGAGGAAAACGCAGGGGGGGCUAAUAGCUCAAUAGGGCAACAAACAGCCUGUGUUGCAUCAGAUGUAAUCAAGGCUGAACAUUGUUUAAAUCCAGAGUCUGACUCUGUCACAACACUUCCAUGUGAGCUUGACCAAACCAAAAGUAAAAACGUAUCCUCUCUUAAAGCCUCAGACUCUCUCAGUUCUGUGCACUCAGAGGAAAAUGGCUUUGGGCCAGAGGAGAACCGAGGGAAUUUACAGAGCUUUGGACACAAUGGAACCAUAGCAGUCAGUCCCAAGCCCGUUUCACCUGUGUCUCGGGUAAACGGGAGUGACAGCUUGGUUAGUGAAAGCUUGAACAACGGCGUGCUGACUGACAGGCCCCAGCCGGAGUCAAACAACAUUGAAACCACUGAGGAGCAAAGGCUGCUGGUCUCUUUGGAAGAUGGCGCGCAGCAGAGGCCUUUAGUGAACGGGGACUUGGCCUCAGUAAACAACAGCAUGGGUUUAAAAGGGAAAGAGGCACUUUCAGAUUCUGAGGCGACACUGGACCAGGAUUACAGCCCUCCACUGAAGAUGGCAAAGCUUGAAAACAAUUUGGACAAAGUUGGAGAAAAAGAUGGUAGCAAUCUACGGAACAACAGCACCUCUGCUUUUUAUCCAGGAGAGACCAAAUGCUCUCCUGCAGUAAAGAUCAUCCGAAUGGCUCCUUCUCCUGUUCCUUCAGCAGAGGAGUCCAGCCUGAGUGAUGGCUUUGCAGAGGAGAACAGUAACAGCGAAUCAGCAGAACCAUUCAAGACAACCGUCACUCAGGUAACCACGACCUCCACGACGACCACCAUGACAGUCUCCACGGAGACGAGGAAGACCGAGGUGGCCCAGAAAACACAGGGUGAUUCUACGGUGUCUGUGGUGACGACAAAGAGCAGCGCCGUCUCUACCCUUUGCAGCAUGACCAAAACAACAGUGACCAAAGUGUGUUGCUCUGGAGACGACGGUCUGUCAGAAGACAGCCAGGAAACGACGCUGCAGGAGCAGAGAACGACGAGCUCGCUCUGCGUCCAUGAGUCAUCCGAAGGCACCGGCUGUAAAACUGUCGCAUCGUCCGUCUCUGUGAGCCAGGAACAGUGCUUUUCAACUAAAGGACGCGUGCGCCUUCUCCGAUUUUCGCGCACAAAGAAAAUGCGCUCCGACUCAGCUCUGCCUUCUUACCGCAAGUUCAUCACCAAAAGCAGCAGGAGGAGUAUUUUCGUUCUGCCCUAUGACGACCUGAAGAUUCUGGCCAGGCGAGGAGGAUUCCGUGAGGUUCCUGUGUUCAGCUACAACGCCAAGCCAGCACAGGAUAUCUGGCCGUAUCCCUCACCCAGACCCACGUUUGGCAUCACUUGGAGGUACCGGCUGCAGACGGUGAAGGCUUUGGCCGGCGUGAGCCUCAUGCUGAGGCUCCUGUGGGCCUGUUUGAGGUGGGACGACAUGGCUGUGAAGCCGUCUGCCGCCGUAGGCACCACACGUACAGCCCUAUCCCCACUCAUUGCAACAGAGACAUCAGACACUGAAAUCACCACCACAGAGAUCAUAAAGCGGCGUGAUGUGGGACCCUACGGCAUCCGCUCAGAGUAUUGCAUCCGCAAGAUCAUUUGCCCAAUCGGAGUGCCCGAGACGCCCAAAGAAACGCACACUCCUCAGAGGAAAGGGCUCCGCUCCAGUGCUCUGCGUCCCAAAAAGCCUGAGCCCACGAAACAGACCGGCCCAGUGGUGAUUGAGACGUGGGUUCCUGAGGAGGAGCUGGACCUCUGGGAGAUAAGAGCCUUCUCAGAAAGGGUGGAGAAAGAGAAAGCCCAGGCAGCAGAGCAAGCCAAAAAACGUCUGGAACAAAAGUCCGGGUCAGCCGCAGUCACACCAGCAGGGACUCCGGCGACGCCUGCUGCCACACCCAAAGUCAUCGUUGGCUCAGUUUCAGGCCAGGGCACCCCCACUGCCAAGGUGGUGCUGUCCACCAAGAUGGGCAGCCCUGUCACAUUCCAACAAAACAAGAACUUCCAACAGUCCUUUGCCACCUGGGUCAAGCAGGGUCAGAGCACACAAGGCACAGGCGGAGAGACUCCUACAGCCACUUCUACUGGGCAUACCCUGCACAUUACAGGGACCUCGGCCAGUGGAAAGGUUGUGACCGCAAAACUCCCCCUACCUGCAAACAGCAAGAUCGUCACAGUCAACGUGCCAACAACACAAGGAGGUGUGGUUCAGCAGAAAGUUUUGGGUAUCAUCCCGUCCAGUGCAGCAGGCGGUGCCCAAACCUACUCCCCAUUCCAGCCACGCACUACCACACUCAGCAUCAAGCCCAAUACCCCAGGCUCCCACCAGCAGGUUCUAGGGGGUGGAGGGCAGAUCCGUCCAGGAAUGACAAUGAUCCGAACCCCCAUCCAGCAGACUGGUGCUGUUGGAAAGACGAUUCUCCGCACGCCCCUUGUGGUCCAGCAAGGUCAGGGUGGACAGCAGGUAGUGACACAGAUCAUCCGGGGCCAGCCAGUUUCCACGGCAAUAUCGGCUGGCAGCACUGUCACCACGGUAACUGGUCAGGGAGUAGCCAGCCCCAUCGCUGCGGGACAGGCAGCUGGCCAAACACCACCCGGCACCCCACGGGCCCCAGGGCAGGGGCAGGUUAAACUUACCAUGGCCCAACUCACGCAGCUAACGCAGAAGCAACAGGCUGGAUCUGGUUUGGAACGAACAGCCGGCGUUGGCGGUUCUCAGGCUCUGACUGUGAUGGUUCAGGGCCAGGGUCAGACCACGGGCCAGCUCCAGGUCAUACCCCAGGGGGUCACCGUCAUUCCAGGACCCGGACAGCAACUCAUGCAAGCAUCACUACCAAACGGCCAGGUGCAGCGCUUCCUCUUCACGCCACUACCCUCCACUGUCACGGCCACACCAAGCACAGCCACAUCGGCUCCCAGCCAGCCCAACUCCGCCUCAAGCAAUCCCCCAGCCCAGGCUCAACAGCAGGCCGCUGCUCCCAUCCAAGCAGGGGUAACCCCUCUCUCCACCGCCGGCGGUCCUUCGUCUGCCUCCCCUCAGACACAGGCCCACAUGUCUGUCCAGUCCCCAGCUUCAGUGCAGGUCAAAGGUCAGGGGGGAGCCCCACAGCUCCAGCUGCAACAGACGCCUCAGCUCAUCAGUGUGUCUGGACUCCCACAGCAGGUUCUGGCACAGCUGCAGGCUCAACAGGGUGGAGGCCCUCUGCCUCAGCACAUCAAACUGCAGCUUCCCAUCCAGAUACAGCAGAGUGGAACCUCAUCGGCUCAGGGAGGACAGAUUGGAAAUAUAGUUACGAUUCAGACGGCCUCGGUCCAGGAGCAACUACAGCGAAUCCAACAGCUCAGAGAGCAGCAGCAGCAGAAAAAGAGACAAGCUGCAGAGGCUAAAAGGGAGCUGGCCCUAAAUGCAGCCAAUCAGAGCGACAUUAUACAGAAACAGGUGGUUAUGAAACAAAAUGCCGUAAUUGAGCACCUUAAGCAGAAGAAGACCAUGACGCCUGCAGAAAGAGAAGAAAAUCAGAGGAUGAUUGUGUGCAACCAGGUGAUGAAGUUCAUCCUAGACCGGAUUGACAAAGAUGAGAGGCAGGCAGCUAAGAAGAAGAAGAAGGAAGAAGUUGUGGAGGCCAAGAGGAGGAUGGCCAAUGCCAGUAAGCUUUCUGCACUCCUUUACCGGCACAAAGAGAGCCUUAAGAUGGAGAUCCUGAAAAAACGAGCACUUUUGGACAAGGAGCUGCAGCUAGAGGCUCAGGAGGAGCUAAAGAGGGAUCUGCUGCGAAUUCGGAGAGAAAAGGAAAAGGCUCAGGCUGCAGCCCACCAGGCGGCCCAGGCUGCUGCAGCCGCUGCAGUCCACAGUCAGAAACAGCAAGCUGUGCUACAAAAACACGGCAUCUCCUCCCAACACCACCUCACCAUGACAGUCACCUCAGCGCACAAGAGGAAACAGGAGGAAGAAAGGGAAACGGUAGCAGCUGCAAAGUCCAAGAAGAAGAAGAUGAUCUCCACUACAAGCACAAAAGAGAGCAAGAAGGAUCCAAAGCUCUACUGCAUCUGCAAGACGCCCUACGACGAGACCAAGUUUUAUAUUGGCUGUGACCUGUGUACCAACUGGUACCACGGUGACUGUGUGGGCAUCACGGAGAAGGAGGCCAAAAAGAUGGACGACUACAUCUGUGUGGAGUGUAAAGGGGGUCAGGAGAGCAGCACAGAGGAGCUGUACUGCAUCUGUCAGACACCUUAUGACGAGUCCCAGUUUUAUAUCGGCUGUGAUCGAUGUCAGAACUGGUACCACGGGCGCUGUGUGGGAAUCCUGCAGAGCGAGGCCAACCACAUCGACGAGUACGUGUGUCCGCAAUGUCAGUCCACAGAGGACGCCAUGACGGUCUUCACUCCGCUCACAGACAAGGACUACGAAGGCCUGCGAAGAAUCCUGCGCUCCUUACAGGCACAUAAAAUGGCCUGGCCCUUCCUAGAACCAGUGGAUACCAAUGACGCCCCGGACUACUACAAGGUCAUCAAGGAACCUAUGGACCUGUCCACCAUGGAGGAGAGGUUACACAAACGACAAUACGUCAAGCUGACUGAAUUUGUAGCAGACAUGACCAAAAUCUUCGACAACUGCCGGUACUACAACCCCAGCGACUCGCCCUUCUACCAGUGUGCCGAGGUUCUGGAGAACUUCUUUGUCCAGAAGCUUAAAGGCUUCAAAGCCAGCAGAUUGUGAUGUCAGACUCCUGGGUGCCGGAGUCACUGUUAAACAAAAAAGUUCAUUUUCUGUUGCGGAUUUUGCCGUUUUUACUUGUUUAAAACGGCAUUAAAACUUUGUAUGAAAGUGCUUAUAAUAAGCCACACAUUAGGAGUGGGUUUUUUUAUUUUAUUUUUAAAGUAAAUAAAGCAAAAGUUUUUCUAAUGUUUGGUAUAUGCAGCCAUGUUGGUAGCAAAGAGCCUUCAAGGGAAAAAAGUAUUUUUUUACACACGCACCACCAAACAUUUGAAUCGUAGGCUGGAUAUGAGAUACGAGACUUCGUGUUCUUUACUCAACACAUUUAGAAAUCAGACAUAAAUUAUAUUUGAUAGCAGCAGGAUAUGUUUACCUCGUUUCUUAGCUAACAAAAAAACUGAAAACAUGCAUCUUUAGUUUAUUUUAUCAGCUGUUCUCCUGUAUAUUUUAUGUUUAUAUCUUUUUGUGAAGGACUAUUUUUAUGUUCUGAAGAAAAUAAUGAUAGAAAGUGUAAAAAGAAAAACAUGGCAGAGUCUAGGUUAGCGUUUCUGUUCUCAGUAUGCUCAGCUUGGGGCUCUUAGAUGUACAUAAGUUAGUUGGGCCGACAUUCUGUCACAUUUCAGUGACUUUCAACCAACAUGGCUGCUUUGUCUGUCAAAAUGUCCGACCCACUAGCAUCCAAUUUAUUUUGUUUUGUUGGUUUUUGUAUUCUACUCUAGUCAUGUUUUUGUCAUAUAUUGUAAAG